AUGAAAUCAAGGAGAAUUACAAUGAGCAGAUUAGGAAUUAUAGAACCGCUGCGUUCUCCGGGCGCGAGGCAGGAGGCGGCAUCGGUGGCGCGGGGCGGCGCGGGCGGCGCGGGCAGCGCGGACAGGUCGCGCCCGCUGGCGCUGGCGCCUCCGCCUGUGCGCCAGAUGCGGCGCUCGCUGUCGCAGCUCGAGGCCUCGCUGGCGGAGUCGCGCGCCAACGAAGCGCGCAUGCAGCGCAGCCACGCGGCGCUCGCGCGCAAGCUGCACGCCCUCGCCGCCGCGCUCGACCAGGCCACGCGCUGCAACCGCGCUCUCGUAGUACUAGCUGUCGUCCGUGCGCAGGGCGGGGUGGCGGCGGCGGCGGGGCGGGAGGCGCUCCAGGAGGCCGGGUUGCGGCGCGCGCUCGACGCACUGCAGCGGCGGCUGAGCGCGCGCCAUCGCGUCAUCGAGAGCCUGUGCACGCGCUUCCUGCACAUGAAGCGCCGCAGAGACCUGCAGAACAGAGGGGCAGAGGUAUUACCGGGGCAGGCGGUGCGGGAGGAGGAGGUGGCGGGCGCCGUGCGCAGCCUGCAGGCGCUGCUCGGGCACGCAACGGCCGUGCUGCGCCGCGCGGCGCUCCAGCUGUGCGAGGAGCGGCUCGGCAACAGAACCUGCCGCUGCUGCGGGCGCCCUCAGCCGAGGCGCGCCCACGCGGCCACGCAAACUUUUUUCGGGAGUGCUCUGGCAAAUGGAACAUGGGUGAGGCGUUCAACUACAUCUUCACCAGAGUUGGCUCUCAAGGGGACUGCUAGACAACUGAAUAGUUCUACAGAAAGUUUACCGGACCUG